ACUCACUCUAUUGCACCACACAAGGGACUGUGAGUGAGAGAGCUCGAAGACGCCAUGGCGAGAAUCAAGGUUCAUGAGUUGAGGGAGAAAUCAAAAACGGAUCUUUCUACUCAAUUGAAAGAUCUGAAGGCGGAGCUUGCUCUUCUCCGUGUCGCUAAGGUCACUGGUGGUGCUCCUAACAAGCUCUCUAAGAUCAAAGUGGUGAGGAAGUCCAUUGCGCAAGUGUUGACUGUGGCCUCACAGAAACAAAAGUCUGCACUUAGAGAAGCAUACAAGAACAAGAAGUUGUUACCCUUGGAUCUCCGUCCCAAGAAGACUAGAGCCAUCAGAAGGAGACUAACUAAGCACCAGGCGUCACUGAAGACAGAACGAGAGAAGAAGAAAGAAAUGUACUUUCCAAUUAGAAAGUAUGCCAUCAAGGUUUAAUAUCGUCGUCUUCCCUGAUCUAUCUGAAUCAUCUUCGAAUUACAGUUUUGAUUCUUCAAACAUAUCAUUGUAUGAUACUAUGAUCUCUUACAUUUCAAAUAUGAUUCAAACCCUCUUCGAAUUUUAAGAAUUACCUCCUGGGGUGAUCUACUUGUUUUUUUU